ACUGACCGCAUGUGUUACAUUGUUUUGUGCUCGACUGGAAACCUCUCCGCUCAUGCCUGAUGCCUGACAGUGGUGAAGUGACACGACACCGGUUUUAUUCCUCCGCGCUUAUUUGAAGAUAUAAAGGUGUUGUAAAAUGUCUGAAGCCCUGUUCGAGUGGUGUGUGGACCAGCUCCAUCACAGGUUUGGACUAGAGGCCUGUGAGGACAUUGUCAAGUAUAUUCUGACGAUUGAAAACCAAGAGGAGCUGGAGGAGUAUGUGGGAGAUCUGCUGCAGGGGACCGAUGGGAGAAAAAGACACUUCAUCGAUGAGCUGCUUAAACGAUGGAAGAGGACGCAAAGACCCUCCAUGGACACGGCGGGGCUUUUUGUUCUCAAAGAGUCUGUGCCCUCUGCUGCAGAUUCACCCCCUGACACAACGUCUCAGAAGAAAUCGAAGCGAAAGGGUCGGAACAAAGAGGUGUUGUCCAUCAGCCAAGCAGAGCCUGAGCCAGAGGCAGUCAAAACCCCCAUAGAUCAGGCCAGAAGCCAAGACAUGGGCAGCUUGUCUUCUUCCAAAAAGAAAAAUAAGUUUGUGAACCUGUAUGCUAAGGAAGGGCAGGACAAACUGGCAGUGCUGCUCCCAGGACGACAUGCGUGCGAGUGCCUUGCUCAAAAGCACAAGCUCAUCAACAACUGUAUCAGCUGUGGUCGCAUCGUGUGUGAACAGGAGGGCUCUGGACCGUGCCUAUUCUGUGGAAGCUUGGUGUGCACCAAAGAGGAACAAGAGAUUCUGCAAAGAGACUCCAACAAAAGCCAGAAACUUAGAAAGAAGCUCAUGGGAGACGAUGGAGAAAGAGAUUAUCUUCCACACCAGGAAGCCAAGAUGAAGGCCGGGCUGGAGAAGGCUGUGCAGCACAAGGACAAGCUGCUGGAGUUUGACAGGAAUAGUGUGAAGAGGACCCAGGUUUUGGAUGACGAGUCGGAUUACUUUGCCACGGACUCCAAUCAGUGGCUGUCUCCGGGCGAGCGAGAGAAGCUGAGGAGGAGAGAGGAAGAGCUCAGAGAAAUCCGACAUGCUUCUCGGAAAGACCGGAAAAUCACUUUGGACUUUGCCGGGAGACAGGUCAUCGAAGAGGGAGACGGACUCAAAGAGUACUACAGGAAGUUGGAUGAGACCCUGAAGGCCAUGAACAGUGACCCUUCCUCACCCAUGUUCCCCAGAGUCCAAGGAAAUCGCCCAGCUCUGAGAGAUCUGGUCAACCCCAACAUCAUGCAGAGUGCACCUGAGUGGGUGGAUGUGGGGGUCUCGGAGCGGCCCAAGCAGAGCCUGGACACAGCGAGCAGGCCUGGGGCAGGAGCUGGGACAGGAUGUGAGGAGCGCUCCAGGCUGCGGCUCCAGGACAAAGAGCUGCAGGAGAUGUCUGAUGGAGGCUGGUGUCUGAGCAUGCACCAGCCCUGGGCCUCUCUGCUCGUCAGGGGCAUCAAGAGGGUGGAGGGCCGGACCUGGUACACGUCUCACCGUGGUCGUCUAUGGAUUGCUGCUGCAGCGAAGAAGCCCACCCCCCAGGAGAUCGCCGAGGUGGAGAACAUGUACCGCCAUAUUUACAAGAAAGAGCCUGCCUUUCCCAAAGACUACCCCACUGGCUGCUUGUUGGGCUGUGUGAACGUGACCGACUGUCUUUCCCAGGAACAGUUUAGAGAACAGUGUCCGGACGUGUGUGAGGAGUCUGCCUCUCCCUUUGUCUUCCUCUGCUCCAGCCCUCAGGAGCUGCUCGUCAAGUUCCCCAUGAAAGGAAAGCACAAGAUCUGGAAAAUGGAGAGCCACUACCAUCAAGGAGCGAAGAAGGGGCUGCGACCAUCCGCUGCCUUCUGACAUGGACGACGUGGACCACAGCGCAGACCCAUCACUCGCCAUAUUAUGACCUCAGCGCUGCACCCGGCCCUGAGUGGUCAUGACAUCAUUUGAGAAAGUUAUCCAAUUACAAUAAAGUUACCCUGAAGUACUUUUGCGGUGGUGAGUGUUGUGAAUGGUAGAUAUCUUUUACAGUCGGCUAACUUGAAGAAUUAUUGUAAAUUGCGGCGGAUGAGAAAAAGCCAGCUAAGCACUCGGAAAGAUUUAACUCCGCGAUUCCUGCCAAAUAGUGAUCCCAAAAGCGCCACAGCUGUUGGGAAUGUUAUCUUAAGACUGCAUAGCCCCAAUUUAUUAAUGACAUGUAUGGUAAAUCACAAGUUAAUAGUUUGUACUUCAUAAAUCUGCUUUGUGGCGAAGUUUCUAUUCACUUGUGCAGGAGUAAAAUGUAUUUUUCAAAUCGUUUUUCCAUUAAAUUGCAUUGACCAAACAUGUAUGUCAUUUUUUUGUUUUAAAUUUUAUAUUGUUUUGUGAUGAACAGAACCAAAUUUAGCAUAAUAUCUCUUCUUUAAAGCGGAGCUAAAUCAUAGACUAUAUAAAGAAGUGGGCUAAGUGAGUCUGACGUCACCCAUAGCGUUCGGCUCCAGUCAAAUGAAGCGGGAGCAACCUCAGGGAAAGAAGGCAUCUGAUUCGUCUGUUAUUAAUGCUCAUAUGUUAAUUUACGCACAAAACAAUAACAAUAACACACGGACAAUAACAAAAUAAAAAUACCAGGAUCAUGUAGAGCGGGUCAAUAUGAACAUUUGAAGACCAAAAUACCGAGGCUCACAGCAGCAGUUACAGAGAGAG